CAAUCCCAAUCCACCUGCAAACACUCUUCCACCACCUCUUGUUUGUCUGGAGGCCAAGAGCGCUUGUGUGUGUAUGUGCAGACCGGGUGGGCGGAGUGCCGGGAACAGCCGGAACGUGGGCUCUGGGUACGCAUGAACAACGUCACAUUCAGGACCCUCAGAGGUGCUCAGAAGAUAAGAUGCAGUGGAGAACUUGUGUCCAAUUCAGAUGCAGUCGCAAGUGGAGCCUUUUUGUUCUGCUUGUGGGUGGGACGAUGUGUUUGCUUUACUCCGUCAGGGCCCCGCACUGGGAGGAUGAGGAGAUUGAGUUUGAGAGGCAUGAGGAUCCAGGACCGUACCACGUGGCUUACCCCCACAAAUACCGCUUCAUCCUGGACCAUCCAGAGAAGUGCACCCAGUACAAUCCCUUCAUGGUGGUAAUUGUUCCGGCUGCUCUCCACAAUGUGGAAUCCCGUAAUGCUAUCCGGAGCACGUGGGGGAAUGACGACCUGGUUAAAGACAGAACAGUGCUGGUUCUGUUUCUGCUGGGCUUGCCUAGUGGAAACGACUCAAAAGCUCAACAGCGCCGCAUAUAUGAGGAGAACCUGCAGCACCAGGACCUUCUGCAGAGCACCUUCAUAGACUCCUACAGGAACCUGACCAUUAAAACCAUGGUGAUGCUGGAGUGGCUGAAAGAUCGCUGCCCCCAGGCUUUCUUCGCAGUUAAAGUGGACGACGACAUGCUGCUGAACAUCAAAGAUCUUGUGAGGAUGCUGCUGAACCCAGACACUCCUCACAGCAACUACAUUACUGGUCGUGUUUGGCAUAACAAUGUUGUAAUCAGAGAUCCAGACAGUAAGUUUUACAUCCCUCCAGAAGUGUAUCCCAAUGACGUGUUCCCGCCGUACCCUCUAGGAAUGUGCUACAUAAUGUCCAUGGACCUGCCAGAGAAGAUACUAAAAGUGUCCAAAGAAAUUAAACCCAUUUUCAUAGAGGACGCCUACAUCGCCUUGUGUCUCGAACGACUCAACAUAGCUCCCACAGAACCUCCAGACAUUGACCAGUUUGUGGUCCAUCCACCUCCACAGUACGAUCGAUGCUACUACUCCACGCUAAUCGCUGUAAUAACCUUUAACCCAGAUGAACUGGUCUCCUAUUGGACAGAUCUUCACAGACCUGGUCCACCCUGUUGAUGUGGGUGGGGAAAAAACAGUAAAUAUGUUUAUUUAUAUAACAAAUGCGUUUUUUUUUUUUUUCAUGUGUACCUAUUGUUUAUACAUGCGUAAUGGCAAUUCUUUCUUAUUUGGUUGGGUUCUUGACUUAAAUUCAAAAUUUUAAAAUGCAAGUUACCUGAGGAAGUUACUCCCCAUUUUAGUCCAAUUUUCCACCAUGUAACAAAACCCCUCUUAAUACGAGUCCUUAUCAGGGUAAUUCUUUGUAUAGUGCAACAGCUUCAAAAAAAACUGAAAAAUCCAAGACUCCUAUCUUGGCAGCGGAAAACACAGGUGUUCCACUGACUGAAUACAACCUAGACCAGGGGUGUCCAAA